AAAAAGUCAUCAAUUAUUUCGAAUUGAGCUAGUAGUGGAUUUUGAAGAACGCACUUCAUUCUACAAAACAAGACGCUUUCCCAGGAUUCUACGAUAUUCUUUCCGAAAAUUAUAGGAUGGAUGAAAAGAGAAAAAACGGUAACGCACAGAGAAUCCGGUAGCAGAGUUACGCGUUUUUUAUGUAUAGUAUACAUGAUUUUUGAUGUACUAUUGAAUGAGUAUCAAAUGAUAAAUAUGUGCAUAAGUGCCAAAAAAAACUACUUUAAGGAAUGAAACUGCAAUGUAAUGAAAAAAGUUUAUUUUGUCAGGUACAGUUGAUUCAAUAUUCAUAAUAACUUCUAGGUAUAUGUAACUUAAUGUGCUCUAUCGAACUGCAUAAGAACGAGAGCUCCACAGCUUGUCCAGCUAACGGCUUCCAUUUUUUACUCUUUUUCAAAAAGUUAUUGGAAUAAAGCUACAAACUAAUCUAAAAUGGCAACUGGAUGAUUAAGUAGAUUAAACAUUUCUCUACAAAAUGAACUGUGUCUCGCCUCUGAACGUUGAUUCGUUAUGGAAAUACAGCUGUUGUACAAAUAGUCCCCAAAAUCGAUUUUGGACUAUCUAAAAGGCGUGUUUAAAAGAGUGAAGACGAGCUGGUAAAAAUUGAACAAAUACACGAGUUUGUAGAAAAUUGUUUGCUCUACAAGAUAUGACAGCUUGUCAAGUACGAAACUAUUCUGCUAAAUGUGUAUUAAUCAAAGGAAAACCAGGAAAACGCUGUGACAAAAAACGAUCAAAAAUGUCACAGCGUUAUUGUUUUUCUGGUUUUCCUUUAAUUAAUAUAGAUUUAGUAGAAUAGUUUCGUACUUGACAAGCUGUCAUAUCUUGUAGAGCAAACAAUUUUCUACAAACUCGUAUACUAUUGUGGAUGUAAAUCAUAAAUCAAAAACUAAAAUAAACUAGUUUUAAUGGCACAACUGUAGUACCAUCCUUAGAAUUAGUAAUAUCUGAAGUAUGUCUGAUUUUCAAUAAUGACACACGCAUUUUCUAGUUAUCAUUUGAUACUCAUUCAAUAGAACAUCAAAAACUGUGUAUACUAUAAACAUUUCUCGUUGUUCCAAGAUUUGCAGAGUAGCACACGGUGCAUUUUAAUAUAGCAGGCGCUUUAUAACAAUUUUCCAGACCAUUUUAACUUUGUGCACUUUAAUGACAUGCCCUAGGCUUUUAACCACAUACUCGAAACGAGCAACUACUUUUACAUAUGUUUAACAAGUUUUUAAAGUUUCAAAUGUCUCUGUCUGACGGCUGUAGGCCAAAAAUCCAACAGAAAACAAUUUUUUUUUCUCAUUCAAAAUGCAUCCUUAUGCAAAAUGAACCUAAUAUUCUUAAUCUGCAUCAAACUCUGCACUGAAUGUUGUACCCUUCAAAAAUAUCUGAGAAAAAAGUUUUUCGAUGCUCCAAAAGAGUAGGGCGUGGGAUAGGGAGAAGAAAUUUUUCGAUGAAACAAAUACAUCAUCUGAUGCUAAUUCUAACCAUAUAGCUUUUUCUUCAAAAUAUUUUUUGUCUUUCACCAUUGUUUUCGGUUUCAUGUUUAUCGUAGAUAUCUUUCUUUAUGCAUUUUACGAUGUGAACCGCAGCACAUGUAGUUUCUAAUAAAUAAGAAAAUAAUUGCUGACAUUUAUGGCCGAAUUGAUUUCAGAUUACCAGGAAAUAUGAAAGGCUUCAUUUUUCUAUUCCUCACGAUUUUUACAAUAGUAAUAUCAAAGCCAGUUGAACAGGUAAGCAAUGGAAAUUUAGGCCUCUUUAUAACAUGACCCAAUUUUUAGGGUACAAAUCGCAUUGUUCGACAACUCGAAGUACCCUCUUCUCUGCAAGGUCAAUAUCAACAGCUACUGCUUGAAUUAGUUCAGGAAUUAACAGCUGAUGUAGAUGAAUCUGACAUAAACGAUGAUGAAAUUAAUUUGCUCAAAGAAAGGAUUGAAGCUCUUAUAAGCUUAGCUAUUGAUGAGCAGAAUUUAGAAUUGAACUCUGCAACGCUGGCUUCACUAUUUCAAGAACUUUCCGAAGAGUUACUGUCAGAUCCAACACUCCUUUGUUGUAAUGCCAUAUUUGAUGAUUGUUGCUUUCGACGCUCGAAUCCCGUACGUAUUUGUGCCAACAAGAGAAAGUUAGCGUUUGUAUUAAAAGUUGUUCUUUCUGAAAUUUAG